AUGGUGCCCCUGCUGCUGCUGCCCCUGCUGUGGGGGGGGUCCCUGCAGCAGCUGCCAGGCUAUGAGCUCCAAGUGCAGGAAUCGGUGACAGUGUUUGAGGGUCUGUGUGUCCACGUGCCCUGCUCCUUCUCCUACCCGAGGAGUUCGUGGUCUUCCUCUAGCAAAUUCUACACCUACUGGUACCGGGACGGGGACAACACAGCCUAUGAUGCUCCUGUGGCCUCGAGCAACUAUAAUAAACCAGUGAAGAUAGAGACCAAAGUCCGAUUUCUCCUCCCGGACCCCAGGACCAACGACUGUUCCUUGCACAUCAGAGACGCCAGGAGGAGUGACACAGGACGCUACUUCUUCCGAGUGGAGAUAGAAUAUCCUGAAUAUAAUUACCAAGGACAUUUCCAAGGAUAUAAGUCCCAAGGAUAUAGUUACCAAGAUAAAAUGCUGGAUUUGCAGGUGACAGAGAAACCGCACAUCCGUAUUCGGGAGCCGUUGGAGGCCGGCCACAGCACACAGCUUUCCUGCAGCCUGCCCGGGGACUGCAAAGGGGGACGACCUCUCAGCUUCUCCUGGGCGGGAGCCGCUGUGGACUCGCUGGACCCCCAGACCCUCCGCUCCUCAGUGCUCACCUUCACCCCGAGGCCCUGGGACCAUGGCACCAACCUCACCUGUCAGGUGAAACGGGAAUGGCCUCAGUUGACCACACAGAGAACUAUCCGGCUCAGUGUCUCCUAUGCCCCUCAGAACCUCACCAUAGGCGUCUCCUUCAGAAACGACCCAGCCUUCAAGAAUCUACAAACCACAUCCCUUCUCAUUCUGGAGGAAGAGGCCCUGAGGCUGCUCUGUGAGGCUGACAGCAACCCCACUGCCGAGCUAAGCUGGUUCCGGGGGUCCCCAGGCCUGAACGCGACCCCCCUCUCCAGCACCGCGAUCCUGGAGCUGCCUCGCGUGGGGCCUGCACAGGAAGGAGAGUUCACCUGCCAAGCUCGGCACCCGCUGGGCUCCCAAAGUGUCUCUCUCAACCUCUCCGUGUUUUGCAGCCCGCACUCCUGCAGAUGUGUGACCGAGGAGCAGCAGGGCUCCUGGCCCCUGGUCUUCACCCUGAUCAGAGGGGCCCUCAUGGGGGCUGGCUUCCUCCUCACCUACGUCCUCACCUGGCUCUACUACACCAGGUGUGGAGGCCCCCGGAGCAGGAGGCAGAGCUCCUGAUGGAUUCUCCCUUCCUCUCAGGAUGGGACUGAGGUGCGGACACCAGGCGAGAGGGACCGUCCUGGGACGUCAAUGUCACCUUCUCCCUGGAAGCUCUUGACUCACCUGCCUCCAAUGUGCCCCUGGGGUUUCAGUGUGUGGAAGUGACUGAGUGACGCCAAGGGGAGUCAGUGCCAUGGAGAGAAGACUUUUCCUCCUCUCACCUCCAGAGAGGAGGGGCCGCUGUGCCCGGGAAGCCCGGAUUUCCUCAGGAAGCAGAUGCAGGUGCAGGGCCGCCUAGCGAGGGCCUUGAUUGGGUUCCAUGGGAAACGCAGGCAGGGCAGGGUGAGCCGUUCAGGACCAGCUGGUGUGUGUCAGUCGGGGGAUGGGCCUGUGGGUGUGGUCUCUAUGUGUUUGGUCCCAGGUCUUGGUCAUUUGGGUUAGGCUGGGGUGGCUGGAAAUAUGGGCUCAGGAUGGGUUUGUUUGCAUCUGAAAUUCUUUGCUGUCUCUGAGAAUGGGCGAGCCCUGGGAGGCCCUGUCUCUCUUUGUCCUCCUAGCUGUUUAAUGGCUCAAAAUAUCAUAAGAUACAGAAAUAAACAAGUAAUACACACCCACUGACGGCCCCUUGUUUCUGCCUGUUCCCUCUCUCUCCCUGUCUUGUUUCUGCCCACUCAUCCCCCAACCCCAGGCUCCUCUCUCUUCAUUCUCAAGCCCUGAAAUGGACUGAAGUUUGCACCUUAUCCUCCCUUUGUCCAGAAGUUACCUGGUUACCACCUGAGUUUCUGGUCUCCCAAACUGUCCUUCAAUGUACACAUCCAUACAUAGUAGAAUUAGGAGCAGCUCUUCUUUCCCUAUUCAUAGAUACUUACCUCGUAAUUAUUAUUAUAAAACAUCCCAACAUUUAAUCAUAAAUGAAGACAUUUGUGUGAUAUCACAUAAAAAUUGAUUUUAUUGUUUAGUGUCUGUCGGAGUUUCUUGAGUCAAAUUAUAUCUAGAUCUCCUCUUUCUGUUGUUGCUGUUAUUGGACCUGUUUCAA